UAACACGACGUCUAAGUGGAGUGGUUUGGCUCGAGGCGCACAGAAGUUACAGAGCUCUCGAAAAUGUAGCAUCAGAAAGUGUUGUCAGAAGGAGCAGAUCAGGACAGCAGACUAACACAGAUUAUCAAUCGCAAUCUGGGAAGUACAGAUUACCUCUAGCAGCAGUCCACCCGUGGAGGAAUUAUGCGUUUUUUCCUGCUCUCCGCGUUUUUUGUGGUGUCCGCAGGUGAAGGCAUUCCUGUCACUGUCAAAGGCUUUGAGAAAGACGAUGUGCUCCUGCCAUGUGACUGCCCUAAUAGAGAUUUGAAUAAGGACUUCAAGUGGCAAGUGGAAAAAGAUGAGGAGAGAGGGGUGGAGGCAAAAUUGAUCUUCAGAUAUAAUGAUGGGACCUUAGAUUUUAAAGACAACCUGUCACACCGAUAUGAAACAUUUUUUCAUAAGGACAGCAGUAAUUGUUCUGUUCUAUUAAAAAACAUCACAAAAGAAGACCAGGGAAAAUACAGUUGUCGUUUUAAUUCUCCACAAUACAGACGUUUUUUUGUGAAUCUUGUGGUUUGUGGGACACAUAUUUGUCAGCACAGUGAGACUCGCCCAAAUGGUGGAAACAUUUACCAAUGUGUUGUAAAGCUUGACUGCUACAAAGAGCCUAACAUUCAGUGGACUUUGAAUGGAACGUGUCUGUCAAAUUCAACCACGACUAACAUCUCUACCACAUACAGCCUGGAUGAAGAAACUGACGUCCACUACUUUCACAGUAGACUCGAGACUGAAAGGAACUUCCUCUCAGAGCCUAGAUGUCAAGUCAAUGUCACAUGCCCAUCUGGUGAAGGCGUCACUGUUAAAGGCUUUGAGAAAGACGAUGUGCUCCUGCCAUGUGACUGCCCUAAUAGAGAUUUGAAUAAGGACUUCAAGUGGCAAGUGCAAGAAGAUGAGGAGAGAGGGGUGGAGGCAAAAUUGAUCUUCAGAUAUAAUGAUGGGACCUUAGAUUUUAAAGACAACCUGUCCCACCGAUAUGAAACAUUUUUUCAUAAGGACAGCAGUAAUUGUUCUGUUCUAUUAAAAAACAUCACAAAAGAAGACCAGGGAGAAUAUAGUUGUCGUUUUUAUUCUCCACAAUACAAACGUUUGUAUGUGAAUCUUGUGGUUUUUGGGACACAUAUUUUUCAGCACAACAAGACUCUUCCAAAUGGCGAAGACGUUUACCAAUGUGUUGUAAAGCUUCACUGCUACAAAGAGCCUAACAUUCAGUGGACUUUGAACAAUGGAACGUGUCUGUCAAAUUCAACCACGACUAACAUCUCUACCACAUACAGCCUGGAUGAAGAAACUGACGUCCACUAUUUUCACAGUAGACUCGAGACUGAAAGCAACUUCCUCUCAGAGCCUAGAUGUCAAGUCAAUGUCACAUGCCCAUCUGGUGAAGGCGUCACUGUUAAAGGCUUUGAGAAAGACGAUGUGCUCCUGCCAUGUGACUGCCCUAAUAGAGAUUUGAAUAAGGACUUCAAGUGGCAAGUGGAAGAAGAUGAGGAGAGAGGGGUGGAGAGAAAAUUGAUCUUCAGAUAUAAUGAUGGGACCUUAGAUUUUAAAGACAACCUGUCCCACCGAUAUGAAACAUUUUUUCAUAAGGACAGCAGUAAUUGUUCUGUUCUAUUAAAAAACAUCACAAAAGAAGACCAGGGAAAAUACAGUUGUCGUUUUUAUUCUCCACAAUACAAACGUUUGUAUGUGAAUCUUGUGGUUUUUGGGACACAUAUUUUUCAGCACAACAAGACUCUUCCAAAUGGCGAAGACGUUUACCAAUGUGUUGUAAAGCUUGACAGCUACAAAGAGCCUAACAUUCAGUGGACUUUGAAUGGAACGUGUCUGUCAAAUUCAACCACGACUAACAUCUCUACCACAUACAGCCUGGAUGAAGAAACUGACGUCCACUACUUUCACAGUAGACUCGAGACUGAAAGGAACUUCCUCUCAGAGCCUAGAUGUCAAGUCAAUGUCACAUGCCCAUCUGGGAAUUAUCUAUAUUCAUUAACCAGCCUGGACCCCCUUUUCAGGAUAUUAUUUAAAGGGGUCCCUGUUGUGUUGGCGCUUGGAUUUUUGCUGAUUUGGUACUGUCGUGGAACGUCUCACAGAUUUCCCAGUGACAGAAAUGUGCAAAAUGGUGACUUCUCUCAGACAAAAACAAACUCAGAUGAGCUUUAAGUGAGGAUGUGAAUGUACUUUAUUCUGAACCAAAGGAGGUGAUUAAUCACUGCUGAUGCAAUAGUGGCUGUUUGCGAAAUCUAGUUUUCAUCUUUUGUUCCUGCUCAUGGAAACUACAUCUAUUUUGGAAGCUAAAGGGGGAGGAGUCUAUUCUCUGUAUGCCAUUUAUCAGAUUUCCUUGUAAAGAGUAAAGUCUGAG